CACACACUCACUCUCUCUCUCUAAAGAAGUUGAGGCGUCGGCUUCUCGAGUUGGAAUCUUUAGCCACGAGAGCAGUCACGUCAGUGGAGGCUUCGUUGUUCAUGUUUGAGCUUCGCAUGGCGCUCGUUGAGAGGAAGCCUGUCGAACGGUGUCCGGAGUGGCUUCCUGUCUUCGUAUUUUGUUGAAGUCGCGACGUGUUUUUUAACUCGCCCCCCUCCCUCCCCGCUCCAGCUUCACGAUGACAGGCGACCAGCGCGCUCCACAUGUUGGGCUGGUAAAAGACCAGCUUCUGUGGGAUUUGAUGUGUCCUUUAGAUAGGUUCAACUGAAGAUGGAAACACUGGAGUCUGAGCUGACCUGCCCAAUCUGCCUGGAGUUGUUUGAAGAUCCUCUGCUCUUACCGUGCGCCCACAGCUUGUGCUUCAACUGUGCCCACCGCAUCCUCGUGUCACACUGCUCAUCCAGUAAGCCGCUUGAGUCUGUUUCAGCCUUUCAGUGCCCCACCUGUCGUUACGUCAUCACGCUGAAUCACCGCGGGCUGGAGAGCCUUAAGCGCAAUGUGACGCUGCAGAACAUUAUAGACCGCUUUCAAAAGGCCUCCCUGAGCGGCCCCAAUUCACCUACUGAGAGCCGGCGCCUGCAGCGGCCCUACACCGCCACCAUUAGUGGCACAAUGGCUGGAACAAUUGGCGGCGGUGGUGGUGGUGGCACAAGUGGAAGCAGCGCCCGGAGCAGCCCAGCCACUUCCAGCCACCCACACCCCCACCCGCACGCCAAUCACACCAAUCACAUUAACCACACAAACGCCAACCACAGCCCGGCUUUUGUGGCUAAAAUGGAUCUGCGCAUCUGCUGCCAAUUCUGCGAGCAGGAUCCGCCUCGCGAGGCCGUCAAGACGUGCAUCACAUGCGAGGUGUCAUACUGUGACCGUUGUCUGCGAGCAACGCACCCUAACAAGAAGCCCUUCACCAGUCACCGCCUGGUGGAUCCUGUGCCCGACACGCACCUCCGUGGCCUGACAUGCCUUGAGCAUGAGAACGAGAAGGUCAACAUGUACUGCCUCGUGGAUGACCAGCUCAUUUGUGCCCUCUGCAAACUGGUAGGGCGGCACCGUGAGCACCAGGUUUCCUCACUCACCGAACGCUUUGACAAGCUCAAAGCUUAUCAGGUGAGCCCGGCCAGAGUGUCAGAUGCGGUAAUGGAGGCUUCAAAGACAAGCGCUGCGCAAACCUUGGAGAACAACUUGACCAACCUAGUGAAGAGAAACAGUGAACUGGAGAACCAAAUGGCCAAACUCAUCCAGAUUUGUCAACAGGUUGAGGUGAACACCGCCAUGCACGAAGCCAAGCUGGUGGAGGAGUGCGACGAGCUGGUGGAGAUUAUCCGCCAGAGAAAGCAGGUCAUUGCUGUGAAAAUCAAGGAGUCCAAGGUGAUGAAGCUGCGUAAAUUGGCCCAGCAGAUUGCUAACUGUCGUCAGUGUUUGGAGCGCUCCAGUGCCCUCAUCACGCAGGCCGAGCAGAGCCUUAAGGAAAAUGACCACGCCCGCUUCCUUCAGACUGCCCGAAAUGUAGCGGAAAGAGUUGCCAUGGCAACAGCCUCCUCCCAAGUACUCAUCCCUGAUGUCAAUCUGAAUGAAGCUUUCGACAACUUUGCCCUCGACUUUUCUAGAGAGAAGAAGAUUCUGGAAGGCCUUGAUUACCUAACAGCACCCAGCCCCCCGUCCAUCAGAGACGAGCUGUGCACAGCAUCACACGACACCAUCACUGUUCACUGGACAUCGGAGGACGAGUUCAGCGUCACUUCUUAUGAGCUGCAAUACACUAUAUACACUGGCCAGACUAAUUUCAUCAGUUUGUACAACUCUGCCGACAGCUGGAUGAUUGUGCCCAACAUCAAGCAAAACCACUACACGGUGCACGGCCUGCAGAGUGGCACCCGCUACGUCUUCUUCGUCAAGGCUAUCAACCAGGCAGGAAGCCGAAACAGCGAGCCAGCCCGCCUCAAAACCAACAGUCAGCCAUUCAAACUGGAUCCCAAAACAGCGCACAAGAAGCUGCGUCUCUCCAACGACUGCCUCACCAUGGAGAAGGACGAGAGCUCUCUGAAGAAGAGUCACACACCCGAACGCUUCGGUGGAAUGGGCUCAUACGGGGCCGCCGGUAAUGUGUUCAUUGACAGCGGGUGUCACUACUGGGAGGUGCUGCUGGGAGCAUCCACAUGGUAUGCCAUUGGCGUGUCUUACAAAUCAGCCCCUAAAAAUGAAUGGAGUGGCAAAAACUCAUCGUCGUGGGUGUUCUCCCGCUGCAACAACAACUUUAUGGUGCGCCACGAUGGCAAGGACAUGCUGGUGGAGGCCAGCCUGCAGCUGAGGCGUCUCGGCGUUCUGCUGGACUACGACAACAACUCGCUGUCCUUCUACGAUGCCAUGAACUCCCAUCACAUUCAUACCUUCGAAAUCUCCUUCCUCCUGCCGGUCGUACCCACCUUCAUGAUCUGGAACAAGUCGGUCAUGAUCCUGUCAGGACUUCCCGUGCCAGAUUUUGUGGAGGGUAUUGGCCUGGAUCACCAGGAGCAGCAGCAGAAGAUGGGCCUGUGCAGGCAAGAGUCACCCUAUUUGACCGGAAUGAAGAGCUGCCACUGAGGGGACGGGACACCUAGGAGAGUCCUAUCCUUCCUAGUGAUGGACUGAUCCAUGUGGUCAUAUUGACUCAAUGCUUCUGCAUCUACUGUGGACGUUAUUACUUUCUACUGGCUCUAGAAAGUGUAAAAAUAUGCACACCACUCUGGAAAAUAUUCAGUCCUUAGUUUGAGGUCAUACAACACUUUAAUGGUCCAUCAAAGGUUGGAAAGGUAAAAACAUUACUAGAUCUUACAUCCCCAACUCGCUCAGUACGUUACCAUGGCAUUUGAGGUUUUAUUCUUUUCACUUUAGAAUCGCUGCAGUGAUCUGUUGAAAGAGUUCGGAGUAGAUUUUCCUUACCCGUAGGCUUUUUCCUUCACUGCACCUGUACAAAGCUGUCAUUAUGAGUGUUAUCAAAUUGUAACAAAAACAAAACGACACAUACAACAUAAAAAUGUUCUUGAUUUCUGAUAGUCUGACUGUAAGCUGACCGACAUACGCGCAGGCGACAUUGUACACGCGUAGUCGUGACUCGGUCGAUCCAUACAACGCAAGUACUUGAAGUGGUAGCUUUGUCUUUCCAUUGCAGGUGAUUUAAUGGUACAGUGUGAGUUGCAAUUUAAAAACCGCAGAUGUAAAAUACAUGUUAACGUACUGACUAAACAAGAGUUUGGUCUGUUGGGAAGGGUCAUAUUUUCUUGACCUUUUAUGGUGUUCAUACUUGAGUACCGUCUUCCAGACUUCAGUCUAGGCAGACGUCUUAAGAGCGAGAGAUCAAGAGUUUCCACAUGUAACACUUGACCAUUGGGAUUAGUAAAAUAUAUUUUGUUUUGUAAUCUACCCAAGACAACAAAUCUCACCAUUAUCACUGCUCAUGUGUUGCUUUGCUUCCUCACUAUCUACUGUAAAUGACUUUUCCUUGACUAUCCUCUUGGAACUGACCCAAUGGUCUCGCUUGCAUCAGUUGGUCUAAUUUGCAUUAUGUGACAAUUUAACUUGUAUAAUAAGAGUUUUAUUGAAAAAGACAGAAAUGUUAUUUAUGACAGAAGAUGACUUUUAUUCUUAACAUAUCCAUGAAAUACUAUUUAAUAACAAUUGUGAGUGGUGCAUCAAUUGAUUUGAAUAGGAAAAUUGACGUGCCUGUCCUCCACAUUGCUACUUCGCAAAGGCAUUGUUAUAUUGAUAAAGAAGUUGGUGUUUUCCAAAAAGAACACUUUAUAUUGAUUAUUGGGGAAGGGGGUAGAUUUUACGCUUGUACGAUCACGUCAUAGCAUGAUUGUGUUUUCCUGUCAGGUGUCCACACACACAGACACACACACAUUUUCAUUUUGUUAGGCUCGGCCCAGUCGCAAUAAUGCAUGCUAACACUGUCGGACCCAUGUUGGUUCAAUGAAUUUCUGUAUCUCCGUCAAGUUCUACACAUCCGUCAAAUGCAGACUCACCUGCACAUUUGCUCACAAUGCACUAAAAACCCAUCUUUGUAUUGCCACCCAUUCCGAUCCACAUAGUACAUUGCAUUGCUGAGUGACAACUUCCCUCAUGUUUUCAUGUAGGUCUGAUAUAGUACAGGGACACAAAAGUAGUGACGAACGUUCCAUAGUGGAUUUGACAUCAAAGUCGUAACGCAAACACCAUUAGCUAGCUGCUAUUAAUUAUUGAUGUGUCAAAUAAAAAUCCAGUAUUGCUUUUCUUCUCUUAACAAGGACAAGUUGUCAAAAGCUCAAACUGCAGCCUCAACCAGCAAUGUUUAAUAUUUCAAUUGAGCAAAUUGAUUGUUGUCAUGAGAGAAUUUAGUAGGAAAGAGGUUGUAUACUAAAACUACUUUUUCCCAACUGUGCUAGAAUAACAACCAAUAAAGUGCAGACCUCCACCAAGGCCAAACAACUUUAAACAUUUCAGUCUGCCUUUUUUUGUUGCAAAAUCCUGAUGUGCUGGCAACUAACCAUUCCAGUCUAGUACUUGUAGGUCGGAUUAUACACAUUGCACAUUGUUUGUCAGCUAUACUGUAGCAUUAAAAAAAAAUUACCAUUGAAGAGCUUCUCCAAUUUGGGCAACUACCACAGCAGCUGUAAAUUUAGUGCAGCUGUGACAUAAACCUGACAUUUGGUAUUGCUCGAGUAAAUGUAAUAGAAGAAUAAAAUAAGUGUACAAUGGCCUCGUGUACAGUAGUGGAGAGAUGAAUAUAAAAGAAACAGAAGGUGUAUGCUGUACUGGCAAUUGUGCACGUUGGAUUUACAAUACAGUAUAUAAUUGGAAUUUGUCAUUACCAAAGCAUCUACUUACUAGAUCUUGGGAGCCCUACUUGGCCACAAUGCAAUAUUGUGAUUGCAAAGUUAAAUGCUACACCAAACUUUUGUUUGUUUUAUGAAAUUUUGUUUUAUGAACCUAUGAACCACCUUUUGAGAGUAUUGUGUAGUAGGUAAAUACUAGCUAACGGCAUUGAUCUAACUAGGUAAUAGACCAUCAAAUGGCAAUCAAAACGUAUUUCCUUGUGCUUGGUGGAGGUAAAAAUUGCAGGCUCCCUACAACAUACUACAAAAACAUGUUGGAUAUGCUGGAAAAAAAAUUGUUCACUUUACAAUGUUACUUUUUGCACAAAAGCCUACUAAAUUCUCCUGAAGACAUGAUUGAAAACAAAGCACCUAUGGAAUAUGGCAUUGGUCUCACAGGAAGGUUUUCAAAUAUCAGCUGACUAAAAAGAUGCUGCUAACUUUUGCUAUUGAUUAAUGUCAGUUGCAGGCUCCAAGUGGCAAUGUUGAUUUAUGAUCUAGACUGACAAUCAAGUCAUCUGUGCAAGUCUAUGCAUGAUAUUCUGCAGGUUCAAGAUUCCUUGAAUCUUGAACCUGCAGUUGCUUAUCAUAUAGUGAAUUUUUGUUUUGGAGGGUGUUGCAAAAAAAACAAAAAACAACAACAACAGUCUAUCGUCAUGCAUAUGAAAUAGCUUGCUGUGCUAUUUUCUUUCUUCAUGUCACAAGUCGAUCCAGUGAAAUAUAUACAGUGAAUGAUUUCAAAUAGCUACCACCCCCUAGUAGUGCAGUGUAAAACCCUAGAGAUAAUGCAAUAGAUUCUCCUUCUUUUGCUUUUGUGUAACUUGGGAAGUCAUUUUUUACAACUCAGAAGAAGCACAUUCCUCUCCUGUUAACAUUUUGAUAAACAGCACAAAACAAGCAGGGUUCCCUUUGUGAAAUUACAUCUUAGUCAGAAAGGAACAUAAUCAAUGGAGAGGAAUAUAUAUAUUAUAUCCAGCUGUACAUCACACACUAUAUACAAACCAAUGUUAUUUGUGAAUUUAAGUCUAAUUAAAAGUA